AUGGCAAUGUAUUGUGUAAUAUUUGCGUUUCUUUUGUUGAAUGAACUGACUGUAAACUUCCUGUAUGCAUGUUACCUGUUUAAAUCAACUGCAGCUUUUAAUAGGAUUUCAUUAUAUAUAUACAGGAUGUCUCAGUAUGAACCGUGGUAUCUACGUCGAAGAUGUCCAAUAUUUUUUUAUCCAUGUGUACCUGUGUAUGUUGGCGUAUGGCCAGCAAGGAAAUGUGUAGUUAUCUUGAGUGCAAUACUGUUUGCAAUCGGUGUGAUGAUUUUACUUGGUUUAUUACUUACCUGUAUUGCUGUUGAAUGUUCUGCCAUUGCUGGUGCUUUAUUACCACUCGCUUUAUUAUUAAUUAUUGUUGGUAUACUGAUGCUUCAUUGCGGUUGGGCAGCUCAUUUGCUCGACGAAGAAAGCUCUAAUGAUGUACCCGUGAAAGUUGUAACAAAUGAAGAAAAAAGCCCAAAUCCUGAUGAAAUAGCAUUGUUUGAGAGUGCCUAUAAAGAGCCAAUACCAGAGAUUAGGCAAGGUUACUGGCAAUUUGAAGAUAAAUUAGCAUGGCAAACUGUUGCUAAUCCAUACCCAAUACAGCACACAUUGAGAAAUACGGUUGAACGUCCGGAAUACUAA